CUGCUGCUGCCUCCGCCUCCUCUCCUUUAAGGCAGCCCAGCUCACCUGUAGGCGCAGCGCCCUCACCUAGCCCAGGUAGCUGCUGAGAGCGAGCGAAGCAGGAGAGGAGGAGGAAGUGGGCGCAGCAGGAGCAGCAUGUCCGCCUCGGCAGUUUUUAUCCUUGACCUGAAAGGCAAGCCCCUCAUCAGCCGCAACUACAAAGGAGAUGUGAGCAUGUCAGAGAUUGACUACUUCAUGCCGCUCUUGAUGCAGAAGGAGGAAGAAAGUGCCCUGACGCCACUCCUGUCCCGCGGGAAAGUGCAUUUCCUUUGGAUCAAGCACAGCAACAUUUACUUGGUGGCCCUAACCAUGAAGAAUGCCAAUGCCUCACUGGUGUAUUCUUUUCUCUAUAAAGUGGUAGAGGUCUUUUCUGAAUAUUUCAAAGAGCUGGAAGAAGAGAGCAUCCGUGACAAUUUUGUCAUUGUGUAUGAACUGCUGGAUGAGCUUAUGGAUUUUGGGUUUCCCCAGACAACAGAUAGUAAAAUUUUGCAAGAGUACAUCACUCAGCAGGGCAACAAACUUGACACGGGCAAAUCCCGCGUUCCACCCACAGUCACCAAUGCAGUCUCCUGGAGGUCGGAGGGCAUCAAGUAUAAGAAGAACGAAGUCUUCAUUGAUGUCAUUGAAUCUGUCAAUCUGCUGGUUAAUGCCAACGGGAGUGUCCUGCUGAGUGAGAUUGUGGGCUCCAUCAAGCUGAAGGUCUUCCUCUCCGGCAUGCCAGAGCUGCGUUUGGGCCUCAACGACAGGGUGCUCUUUGAGAUCACAGGACGUGGAAAAAAUAAGUCUGUGGAGCUGGAGGAUGUCAAGUUCCAUCAAUGUGUGCGGCUGUCACGUUUUGACAACGACCGGACCAUCUCCUUUAUCCCACCUGAUGGAGAUUUUGAGCUCAUGUCCUAUCGGCUGAACACACAGGUGAAGCCCCUCAUCUGGAUAGAGUCUGUCAUUGAGAAGUUCUCUCACAGCCGAGUGGAGAUUAUGGUGAAGGCCAAGGGCCAAUUCAAGAAGCAAUCGGUGGCCAAUGGAGUAGAGAUAUAUGUCCCGGUCCCGAGUGAUGCCGACUCGCCCAAGUUCAAAACCAGCAUCGGCAGUGCAAAAUACCAGCCUGAGAAGAAUGUUGUCGUCUGGAGCAUCAAGUCGUUCCCGGGUGGCAAGGAGUACCUGAUGAGAGCCCACUUUGGGCUGCCCAGUGUUGAGAAUGAGGAGCUGGAGGGACGUCCGCCCAUCUCAGUCCGUUUUGAGAUCCCCUACUUCACAGUCUCUGGGAUACAGGUGCGGUACAUGAAGAUAAUUGAGAAGAGUGGAUACCAGGCUCUGCCUUGGGUCCGCUACAUCACCCAGAGUGGGGAUUACCAGCUCCGGACACAUUAGUCGUGAUCUUGCAGAGCCAGGCACCAUCAAAAAUGAAGAAGCCUGAAUGGCCCAAGAAUCCUUUGUUGGCACUCUGAAGCAAAUUGUGUGUGUGUGUGUGUGUGUGUGUGUGUGUGUGUCCUCCUCCUCUCAAAAUGUCACCCUGCUCCUCUGCCCAACCACAGCUCGAUUUGGCAACAGUUCUUGGGCUGGUUUGCCCGAUGCCUGCAGGGGGAAAUGAUGGUUCUGUGGUUGUUGCCUGAGAUGGCACCUGCAUUGCUUCCCUACCUGAGUGGCAGUGGACUUACCUGUGGCGAAACGCCAACCAGCUGUGCCUUGCCAGGACAAGACUCUUCCAGAUGCCUUGCCUUCUUUCAGAACCUCCCUCCUUUAGAAGGUUCCACAGAACCAGUGGUGACACUUUGCUCUGAAGGUUUAGCUUGGCGUUCUCAUAGGGGGAGAUGCGUUUGGCUUCACCUGCGGGUAGCAUUCACCUGAGUGUAGCAUUCGGCUCAGCCUGGAAGGUAAGCUGAGCUCCCCACAAGCACCUUGUUGCUCUGCACCUUUGAUUGGUGAAGAGAGAGGCAGGGAAAGCAUGCCCUGCCAUGGUGUGUAGAAGCUAGAACUAGGAGCUUCUGGGCACAAACUCACUGGGUGACUGCAAGCAAGCCCCUUCCCCCCCUCAGUCUGUUCCCUAAUUGUAUGAUGAGAAUAGUGGCUACCUCAUUUUUAAGAUUUGUGACUCAAAACUACUUCCCAUUGUCAUUUAGACCACAAUGUGCUGUAAAUAGAAGUUGAAAUGAAAUUGGGCCAUUUCGACAGGGUGACCAUGACGCUGUUGUGUGUCAUUAGUCCUCAUUUCCUUUGGUUUUCUGUUCCACUUUCUUCCUUCAUUCUAAGCAUCCUCAUUACAGCCAACAAAUGGAGCCGCUUGCAAUCAUACAGUACUGGCAGGUUCUUACAAUAGUGGGCCUUUAUCAUUCUGGACACCUGACAGCGAAAAUACCAAAUAUUAUUUGGAGAGGAAUGCUGAAGCUCAGGCCUGCUUGUUCUUUCAGAGCUCCUUUUGCCUCUUAGUUGGUUUAUUUGAAAAAACAGAUAUUCCACAUGCAAUUUCCCUUAUUAAAUCUUUCUUCGGUUUCAUCUCUAAGGUCAGGAAAAGAGAAUGUCCAGCUGAUUAGCAAUUAAUCCCCUUGGUAUUUAUUGAUACUAGUCUAUGCACAUUUAUAUUGGAGUGAGCCCCAUUUAAUGCAGUGACGUCAUGUUUGAGUAAGAACACACAGAAUUAGGAUGCAAGAGUCUGAUAACCUGUCUACCCAUCUUCCUUUGAUUUGCUCUCAGUGAUGUGGUUGCUACGGAAACAGUCUGAAGCUACUGUUGAUUUGUAUAGGAACCUGAACCGGGCCCUUUGAGAAAAGGGAAUUCUAGUUUCCCAGCUUUCCCUUCUUAAGCCACUAAAAGCAAGGGGAUAAAAUAAAUGUGGUUAUACUGUGAAAAAAUACCUCAACACAGUGCUUUUUUUCCUGGGGGUACGCAUACCCCUAAACAUUUUGUGAAUCUAAGUUUGGCCUCAUUGAGGUGCAGUAUUUCAAUAUGAGUAGGAAAAUGAGAGUACCCCUAAACAUUAUUUUUUUAAAGAAAAAAAGCACUGCCUCAGCAUGUAAGUGGAGCCAUGUACAGAUCUAUUUCAUUAGUAGUGAAGCUGCCUCAAAUUGAAUGCUGUCUAUUUAAGUACGGUACAGUGAGAAAAAUCCCAGAAAAGGAUUUGUUGGUCUGCAGCAACAAGAUGGCAGAAAGUAAUUGCAUUAGAAAGGCCUCCAAUUUAGGCCUGUCCCAGAAUCUUCCACCUGUUAGGAUUUUGGCACUCCCUAAUAUAAUGCAGUUCAUGCCUGAUUAAGUUCCCCUGCAGAUCCAGCAGUACCAAGUGCAGCUCAGAGGCAAACUUGCAAGGCUCCCAAACCAGUUCCUGCAAAGUGGUCGGUGGCAGAGCAAAUUCAAAGAAUGUCCUGGCACCUGGGUUCAAGCCUUUAAAAUAUGUGUGUGUCUCCCUCCCCUCAAA